UAUUGUGAGAUCCAAGAGAAAAGGAGAGAAAAUCACAGAUCAGAGAGAACCUUUUUGAAAAAAAAAAACGAUGCCGUACUACACCAGAGAAGAGGAUGAAGUCGACGAUUUCGACGAGUUCGAUCCAACGCCGUACAGCGGUGGCUACGACAUCACCGUGAUCUACGGCCGUCCGAUCCCACCUUCCGAUGAGACUUGUUACCCUCUCUCUUCUGGAGUCGAUGACGAUUUCGAAUACGAGAGACCUGAAUUCACCUCGAUCCAUGAUCCAUCUGCCUACGCCGAAGAAGCUCUUCAGACCGAGUACAGUAGCUACUCUCGACCCAAGCCCCGACCCGCAUUUCGACCCGAUUCGGCCGGAGGCGGUCACGUGCAAGGCGAAAGACCUAACCCUGGUUACGGAUCUGAAUCCGGUUAUGGCCGGAAACCGGAAUCGGAGUACGGAUCCGGGUACGGUGGUCAGACGGAGACCGAAUACGGUAGGAGACCUGAGUCGGGAUACGGUGGGGAAACGGAGACGGAGUAUGGUCGGAGACCUGAGCAGGGUUACGGAUCUGGCUAUGGUGGUCGAACGGAGGCUGAAUCGGAGUAUGGAUCUGGUGGACGAACCGAGGUUGAGUAUGGUCGGAGACCUGAAUCUGGGUAUGGUGGGGGAUCUGAGACCGGGUAUGGAUCCGGGUAUGAAAAGAAACCGAGUUUCGGUGAAGAGAGGAGCGAGUAUGAGCGUAAGCCUAGCUAUGGAAGAUCUGAGGAACAAGAAGAAGGUUACAGGAAGCCUAGCUAUGGAAGAUCUGAGGAGCAGGUUGAAAGUUACAUUAAGCCUAGCUAUGGAAGAUCUGAGGAACAGGAGGAAGAAGGUUACAGGAAGCCGAGUUAUGGACGAUCUGAGGAAGAAGAAGAAGGUUACAGGAAGCCUAGCUAUGGAAGAUCUGAGGAGGAAGAAGGUUACAGGAAGCCUAGUUAUGGAAGAUCUGAGGAAGAAGAAGAAGGUUACAGGAAGCCUAGCUAUGGAAGAUCUGAGGAGCAGGAGGAAGGAAGUUACAGGAAGCCUAGCUAUGGAAGGUCUGAGGAGCAGGUAGAGAGUUACAUAAGGCCCAGCUAUGGAAGAUCUGAGGAACAGGAGGAAGAAGGUUACAGGAAGCCAAGCUAUGGAAGGUCCGAGGAACAGGAAGAAGGAAGUUACAGGAAGCCUAGCUAUGGUGAUGAUGAGGAAGGGAGCUAUGGCCGCAAGAAAUAUGGUGGCAAUGACUCUGAUGAGGAUGAGGAGAAGAAGCAGUAUCGUUACAAGCAUCACCACCAGAGGCGUCGUGAUGAAGACGAUGACUAAACACUCUCUCAGUGCUGUAUGAGAAAGUGCUUAUUGCUUAGCUUCUAAUUUCUUACUACUAAAUAAAAAGCUAAGUCUUUAUAUCUUUCAAGAUUGGUGUUGUUUGUUUGAAUUUUCUUUAGAUACAGCAAAGUCUGUGUCACACUAUAUGUCUGAGUUUGUUGGUGGUUCAUAAUAAAGACCUUGAAUUUGUAUCGGGUCACCAUGUAUCUGUUGCUACUCUGUUUUCGAUUUUGUGUUAUGAUACUUUUACCUCUUUUUAUACAUAUAAGUUAUAUAA